CACAACUUCUCUAUCUAUUUAAAGUGUCAUUGCAAAACAAGUUAAUUAGCUCUCUUCCUUCCAAUUUCUCUUUAAUUUCUUCUUCUCAACACAUAAUUACCUUAAAAAAACAUCAUGGGAUCUCAUCAUAGCAUUCGAAUGAUUGUUGGAAUCUUUGGAAAUGGUGCUUCUUUGCUGCUUUAUUGUGUUCCCAUAUUGACAUUUUGGAGGGUUGUAAAGAAGAAGAGCACAGAGGAGUUUUCAUGUGUUCCAUACAUUGUGGCGCUGUUGAAUUGUCUUCUUUAUACUUGGUAUGCUUUACCAGUUGUGAGCAAUGGAUGGGAGAACUUCCCUGUUGUCACCAUUAAUGGCUUUGGUGUUCUUCUUGAGUUCUCUUUCAUUUUCAUCUACGUCUGGUUUUCCUCUCCAAAACGAAAGAAGAAGGUGGCUUUGAGAUUGGUGGGAGUUGUUAUAGUGUUCAGCUGUGUGGGGAUGAUCUCUACUUUUGCUUUGAAAAGUCACCAUCUUCGGAAGCUUUUUGUGGGAUGCAUUGGUCUUGUUGCUUCUGUUGCCAUGUAUGGCUCUCCAUUGGUAGCUAUGAAACAAGUAAUAAAAACAAAGAGUGUUGAGUUCAUGCCAUUUUAUUUGUCAUUCUUCUCCUUCUCUGCAAGCUCUUUGUGGUUAGCUUAUGGACUCCUCAGCCAUGACCUCUUCCUUGCAUCUCCAAAUCUAGUGGGAAGCCCAUUAGGGUUGCUACAGCUUGUGUUGUAUUGCAUCUAUAGGAAUAAGGGAAAAGAAGAAGAAGAAGAAGAAGGAUGUGUUAAAGAGGCUGUGGCCAAUUGGGACAUGGAAAAGAAUAAUGCAAAACAAAUUCCACACCAAAAUGGCUCUCAAGUUUAGUGAUCUCUCAAUCUAUCUCUCUUACAUAAAUGCUUCUUCUAGAAGCCAAAGGUCUUUCCGCUCUCUAGAAGCCGAAAAAUCCUUCUGGGUUUACACACUGAAUGUUUAUUUUUAAUUUCAAUAUAGUUUUGUUGAACUCAAUACGACGAGAGUGAAGAUUUGAACCUCAAGCCUUUUGAGUACAGAUAUGUCAAGUGACGCGAAGUACAAGAUUUUAUCCUAAUAUUACAUUACUAUAGCGAAGAUUCAUACUCUAUGAAUACUUAGAA